GAAGAAGAAGCCAGACCACAUUGCGCAGGCGUACACCACGUACACCGAUGCAGCGAGCCUCCGCUGGAUGCUAGCCGGCUAAGCUAACGGUCCGAAGGGGGAACCGCAGCGGAGGAGAAGCAGCUCCGAGAGAUGGCCGGGCAACAGUUCCAGUACGACGACAGCGGCAACACCUUCUUCUACUUCCUUACCUCCUUCGUGGGGCUCAUUGUGAUCCCGGCCACAUAUUACCUGUGGCCCCGGGACCAGAACGCUGAACAAAUCCGUCUGAAGAGCCUGAGGAGGGUCCAUGGCAGGUGUUUGUGGUAUCGGCUCCGGCUGAUGAAGUCGCAGCAGAGUGUCGUUCCAACACUAAAAAAAGCAGCCUUGUUGUUUGGAUGGGCUGUGUUCCUGCUGCUAGCUUACAAGGUGUCCAAACUGGAACGAGAGUACCAGGAGUAUAACCCCUAUGAAGUCCUCAACCUGGACCCGGGUGCCUCGGUGUCAGAAAUCAAGAAGCAAUAUCGAGUUCUGUCGCUGAAGUUCCAUCCUGACAAAGGAGGAGACGAGGCCACCUUCAUGAGGAUUGCCAAAGCUUACGCUGCUCUGACCAAUGAAGAGUCACGAAAGAACUGGCUGAUCCAUGGCAACCCGGAUGGUCCAGGAGCCACCAGCUUUGGUAUCGCUCUGCCUGCCUGGAUUGUCGACCAGAAGAACUCCAUGCUGGUUCUGCUGGUGUACGGACUCGCCUUCAUGGUCAUCCUUCCUGUUGUCGUGGGCACGUGGUGGUACCGCUCCAUCCGAUACAGCGGAGACCAGAUCCUCAUCAACACUACACAACUCUUCAUGCAUUUCAUGUACAAAACGCCGAACAUGAACAUGAAGCGAUUAGCUAUGGUGCUAACAGCCGCCUUCGAGUUCGACCCUCGCAGCAAUAAAGAAGCUACGAUACGACCCACAGACAACAUCGAGGUGCCACAGUUGAUCCGUGAAUUAGGAAACAUCAACGUGAAGAAGAAGGAGCCUCCGUUCUGUUAUCCCUACAGCCUGAAGGCCAGAGUCUUAGUUCUGGCUCACCUGGCUCGGAUGGACGUGUCCGAGGAGUUGGAGGAAGAUCAGAGGUUUGUGGUGAGGAAAAGUCCAGCUCUCCUCCAGGAGAUGAUCAACGUUGGCUGUCAGCUGACCAUGAUGGCCAACAGCCGAGGAGGUUUCCACGCUCCUCGUCUGGUCACCAUAGAGAACUGCAUGAAGCUGACCCAGAUGAUAGUUCAGGGCCUGCAGGAGUCCAAGUCACCGCUGCUGCAGCUGCCACACUUCGAGGAGGAACAUCUGCGAUACUGCAUCUCUAAGAAGUAUAAAGUCCGGACCCUCCAGGACUUGGUGAGUCUGAAGGACUCCGACAGACGUUCGAUGCUUCGUUUCCUCGGGGAGGAAAAGUACGAUGAGGUCAUGGCUGUGCUGGGCAGCUUCCCUCACAUCACCAUGGAUACCAAACUACAAGUCCUGGAUGAUGAAGACAGCAAUAACAUCACAGCCGGUUCCAUCGUCACGGUAACCGUCACCUUAACCAGGAAACGGAUGGCGGACAUGUUUGAGAAAGAGCAGGAGUCAACGCCGUGUCCAGGAGAGGAAACCGCCGCCACAGAGGACGCACAAGGAGACGCAAGUAAAACCAAAACCAAAGUGUGGCAGAACAAGAGUAAAGGAGCAAAGAAGACAGCAAAGUCCAAGAAGAAAAAAUUAACCAAGAAGAAGGCGACUCCAGCUCCGGCAAAAACCAAGCAGGCCAACGGCAACGUGGCAGGAAACGAAGUCGUAGCAGUGACGGCGGCGGCAGCGAAGGAGGAGGAAGACGAGGCGUCAGAUAAAGGCAGCGAAUCAGACGAAGGCGAAGCCAACAAGGACUCUCCCAGCGAGAGGGACGAAGACAGCGACAAGCAGAGCGACACGGAGGUGGACGAGAUGGCCGGAGACGACGAGGAGGAGUGGGAGGCGCUGCAGCAGAGCAUCCAGAGAAGAGAGAGAGCUCUGCUGGAAACCAAGUCCAAGGUCACGCAUCCCGUCUACAGCCUCUACUUCCCCGAGGAGAAGCAGGAGUGGUGGUGGCUGUACAUCGCAGACCGCCGGGACCAGACGCUGGUGUCCAUGCCCUACCACGUCUGCACGCUAAAAGACACCGAGGAGGUGGAACUGAAGUUUCCGGCUCCGUCCAAAACAGGAAACUACCAAUAUUCUGUAAUCUUGCGCUCCGAUUCCUACCUGGGCCUGGACCAGAUCAAACCACUGAAGCUGGAGGUCCACGAGGCGAAGGCAAUGCUGGACAACCAUCCCCAGUGGGACAUCCCUGACACCGAAGAGGAGGACGAGGAGCAGGAGGACAGUGACGGCAUCGAGGAGAGCGAGGACGACGACGAGGACAACGACUGAGCGUGCUCAGAACCCCCCCCGCCACCACCCCGCCCCCUCACCGACCCACCGGACAGUUUGUACACUCAGAGCCCAUUGACCCCAAACACCGACCCUGUCCUCUGCAGAGACUGGUCACCUUCUGGAGAGGACCCUGUGAAUACUAACACACCAGUCUGUGUGUGUGAGCGUGUGUGUGAGGUGUGUUUGUAAAGGUGUGAUAGGAGGACCUGCUGUUAUUACUGGACUAUGUGGGCUCCGCUCCGAUUUCUGCGGGGCUCAGGGGGACGAUGAUUGAUUCGCAAAAUUAACACAAACACACGACCUCCGUCUGGAAAAAACCACCCACACUCUGUCUGUUUUUUAACAUCACUCAGCACCGACGGUUCCACACCAAUGAUACUUUCUAUUGUAAACUGCUGAAGCUUUUCCUCAUCGUUGAGUAUUUUUACUUUUGUCCUCGCUGUAUGUUGACGGUAGAUUCAUGUCUGUUCUGGUGGAAGCCGGCGGAUCUUUAAAUGAACCAAACAACCAAACCUGCAGUGUUAAGAUUUGUCAUAACUGACAUUAUAUAUAUACACACAUAUAUAUAUAUAUAUUAGAGAUACUCAUGGGGUUUUCAGAGAUGUAAUUUCUUUUUUAAUUUUAUUUUUACGAUCGUAGCACAUUCCAGCGUCCUCUCAUCGUCCGAUAAAGGCCUUAUAUGAAUACAGCUGAAGCUCCACGACAUGAACCGAAGAAGGAGAAGUUUUAGUGUAAAAAUCUGAGUUUGUUUCAGUUUAGCGAACUUCAGCUGCUCAGACACACAUAUCGCUCAGCUAAGCUACAUUAGCAUCUGCGAGAAACUCCAACUAUGUGCAGCCGGGAUCGAUUGAAUAUUGGUAAUCAUGAACCCUUUACCCUUUCAUCCAAUUGGCCACACAUGAUGAGGAACAGCCAAUCUCCUUGUUGGUUGUGACCAAUCGGAUGAAGCAGUGUGCGGGGCUUUGCUAAGUCCCAAGAGUGACUUUUUUUUUUUUUUUUAGAACUAUCAAUUCACAGUUAUUACAAAAAUAAAUGCAGAAUACUGGAUGUGAUAAUCAGUCGACCCUUAACAUCUACUUUCCACGUGUGAAUCCUCCAAGUGAAUGAGAAAGUUGGAUAAAACCUCGAUUAUGGUAUUUACAGAUGUGAAAAGUGUAAGACAUGAGGUUUGUAAGACUUCAAAUACACUGCUUUUGUUUGGAAACGUGGACUAGAAAGUUUUCGUGUUGUACAUCAACAUAUUAUUAAAUUGUAUGCAGACGAUGUGAUCUAAAUUACUCAAGGACACGGAAAAAACUUUUUGCGAGUGUUUUAGUGUCGGAAUGCAGUACAAAAUGACAUCAUUCUUAGUGUUUUUUGCAGAAUAUGUCAACUUUUGCAGGCCAGAGUUUGUUCAGAAUAUGUAGAAUUGUUUGAGCUGCACAUCUGUGGAGGGUCUACGUGGACGACAGGUGAUGAUGAAAUCUGAAGAACUCCUCAAAAGUUGAAUAUCUGGAAAGUGAAAUUACUUUGGCUACGAUCCAUGUGAUGUAAUUUCCAUUCUGUCUACAUGAGUUUGCGUGAACCCUUCACAGGCAAAUCCAGAUUUCUGUUGUGCAUUUAUGGGACCCAUCAAAGUCGAAUGUGAAUAUCUGCCGACAAUUUCUGGUUUCACACUUUCUUUUUUGUCCACUUGGAGAAUCUGUUUUACACGUGCUCAGUAGAUCUACAUCUUCUGUUGGAGUGGACGGAGGUUUUGUACUUGGUCUGCAAUUUCUUAAAUUUACAUCACACGGACCUUUGUGUUUUUGCAGAUGCAGGAACUGCAACCCUGGUUUAACAUUCACUACACACCUGCUGCGGUUUGUGUUUAAUCGGAGCUUUCUAAAUGGUUCUGUUGCAGCGUCUUCAUCUGUAGUUAGGCGGAUAAGUCAAAUGAUAGUUCACUUUUUCAGGAAAGCACCAAAUUUGGUACAGCCGUAGUAUAUGACCAUACAAUUGAUUUAAGAGGAGUACCCCAAUAAUCAAAGUGCCCUGGUGGCCACCAUUUGUAACACUGUUAUAAAUGGCUUUAUUGAAUCCGCAGACCCUUAAAGAUCUUGAAAGCAACUUUGUAUCUACCGUAUUAAGGGAGAUAUUACAUAAAUAGGUUUAGCAAGGCGGCCAUAUUUGAAUUCAAGAUGGCGGUCACCAGGGGGCUUAGAUUUUUGAGACACUCCUCUUAAAUCAAUGGUAUGGUCAUAUACUAUGUCUGUACCAAAUUUGGUGCUUUACUGAAAAAGUGAACUAUCGACCCCAAAUUUCGGUCUUAACCACUUAACUACUGAACAAAAAUAGAAACCUGCAGAACCGAUUUAGUGUUUCUGGCAGAGCUUUUUCCUUUAAAAUGACCGUUUUCCAUCUCAGUAGUUCAUCCAACAAACGUAUAGUUCUGUUCUAACUUGGAUAUUUUUUUUUACAUGUUAGAAAAGUAAACCAGAGCUUCCUGUGCAGCUCUGUGGGUUUUUCAUCAUGAACGUCAGCUGCUGUUAUUAUGUCAGAGUAAACCGGUGUGUCGGGCCGAUUCGCCGGCUCUCUUGGGCCAACCAUUCCUCCUUUAACUGCUCAGCAGGCGUUUGCUAACAGGUAACCUUGUACUCUGAGUAUUUAUCGCUCUGCAACAGAAUGUAGCAUCAGUGAUUUAAUGCUGUGUGGGAAAAUAACUCCAGUGAGGUUAAAUAUGAUGCCACAUCUCUUCAUGACCGACCGCAGCCGGGCAUCCCGUCAGAGGGCCGCCUGCCUCAGUUUGGAAAAACUACCCAAUGACUAUCUGCCACUUUUGUUUACAAAGGAACUGUCAUUGUAAAUGGAAAAAUAUAUUAUUUGUAUUUAAAAUCAUUUCAAAUAAAAACUUUUAAAUGA